AUGCUCCGGCGCCUGCGCUUCGCCGCGCUCGCCGCCGCCGCCGCGUGCCCCCUGGGCCUGCUGAACGAGGAGGUCUGCAGCGGCCACGGCCACUGCGCCGAGGGCGUGGCGCCGGGCGUCGACGAGACCUGCGCGUGCGACGGCGGCUACGGCGGCGCCGACUGCUCGCUGCGGAUCUGCCCGGCGGGCGUCGCCUGGAGCGACUACGCGACGGCGAAUAACACGGCGCACGCGGCGCACUUCGAGUGCAGCAACAUGGGCUCGUGCGACCGCGAGUCGGGCCUCUGCGAGUGCCGCGCGGGCUUCGCCGGCGAGGCGUGCCAGCGCAUGCGCUGCCCCCACGGCGCGCGCCUCGCCGGGGGCGCGCCCCUCGAGUGCUUCGGCGUCGGGACCUGCCUGUCCAUGGCCGAGGCCGCGGCCCAGGUCGACUACGUGUCGCUCGAGCACGACGCCGCGUACGACGGCUGGGACGCGUCCAUGAUCUACGGCUGCGCGUGCGACGCCGGCUUCGCGGGCUACGACUGCAGCGAGCGCGAGUGCCCCCGGGGCGACGACCCCCUCACGGCGGGCGUCGACGAGGUCCAGCUCCUCACGUGCGACUGCGGCGAGCCCGGCGGCUGCGGCAACGGCACGAUCGCGCUCGCCUUCCGCGGCCAGCGCACGGCGCCCAUCCCCGCGGACGCGACGGCCGAGCUCCUCGAGUUCCACCUCGAGCGGCUCUCGACGCUCGGCGACGUCGACGUCGCCUACUACGGCGGCGGCCUCGACGGGUCGCUCUGCAGCGACGCGGGCACGACGGCGGCGAUCACGUUCCUGACGACGCGCGGCGACCUGCCGGCGCUCAACGCGACCUGGGCCAUCGAGGGCACGACCUACGGCCCGGGCCGGCGGGCCGACGUGCGCCUCGCCGUCGACGGCGCGUGCUCGACGGUCCACGCGGCCGUGUGCUCCGUCGCCGGCACGCGCGAGCGCGCCGAGUGCAGCAACCGCGGCGUCUGCGACCGGUCCGUCGGCGUCUGCGACUGCUACACGGGCUUCGGGUCCAGCGACGGCCGCGGCGGCGCGGGCCUCGUCGCCGACUGCGGCUACCUCUCCCCGAACGCGUCCGUCGCCUACGAGUACCCGCGCGACUACGCGCGCUGGGCCGACGCCGCGGGCGGCGCCGAGGGGCCCUGCCCGCGCGCGACGCCCCUCUGGAACACGAACCUGCCGCCGACGGUCUGCAGCGGCGUCGGCGUCUGCGACGCGGACAAGUUCUGCAACUGCACCGCGGGCUACGAGGGCAGCGCGUGCGAGUACAAGACGUGCCCGACGGGCCGCGCGUGGUGGGGCGAGGCCGUCGGCGACGACCCCGGGGACGCGCACCGGCCCGGCGCGACCUGCUCGAACAAGGGCCUCUGCGACCGGUCCAGCGGCAACUGCGACUGCGACGACGACUUCGGCGUCGUCGGCGGCGACGCGUGCGGCGACAUGGCCUGCGAGGUCAACUCGACGCGCGAGUGCGGCGCCUUCGGCCACUGCGCGACGAUGGCCGAGCUCGCGCAGAACGCGCUCCUCUUCGGCGACCACGGCGAGGUGCGCCGCGUCAACUACAGCGAGCCCUGGGACGCGGACCUCGUCACGGGCUGCAAGUGCCACGCGUCGACCUCCGACUACCCGACGCACGACUUCGGCGCGGACCCGGUGAACCAGCUCCAGUACCGCGGGCCCUUCGCGUACACGUACACGGGCUGGACGGGCUACCAGUGCUCGCACGCGUUCUGCCCGACGGGCGACAACCCCUACACGUGGGGCGUCAACGAGGUCCAGGCGCUCAACUGCUCCCUCGCGACCGACGGCGCCUUCAACGUCACGUUCCGCGGCGCGCCCGAGCCCGUCCGCGUGCCCUGGUGGGCCUCCGCGGCGGAGCUCGAGGCGAGGCUCGAGGCGCUCCCGACGAUCCGCGACGUCGCCGUCUCGCUCCGCAACGUGUCCUACAACGCGUCCGUCUGCGGCCCGGGCCAGCGCGUCUACGUCGAGUUCCUCUCCGAGCACGGCGACCUCCCGCUCCUCGUCGUGUCCGAGGCCGACGACCUCCGCCACGACGUCGUCGUCAACGUCACGGAGGUCACCAAGGGCACCAAGGAGGACGUCGAGUGCAGCGCCAACGGCAUCUGCAACCGCGAGAUCGGCAUCUGCGCCUGCCUCGACGGCUUCGCCUCGGGCGCGGACGACGGCGAGCCCCUCGGCGCCUACGGCCAGCGCGGCGACUGCGGCUUCCGCCACACGGGCACGAAGAACGAGAAGUGGGAGAACUCCGAAAUGCAAUACCUGCGUACAAAUCAAAUCUUCAACGCGACUUUAAUGCAAUACGACUACAUUUUCGAGGUCACCGCGUCGGGCACGACGGGCGACGGCGCGGCCGCGGCCGGCGCCUAG